UAGCAAUUCACCACCCAUUGGUCAUAAAAUUUCCCCUUACAUUAAAUUUAUAUAAAUUUAAACACUUCUUUCUACUUAUAAACAACAUGCAUGCACUUCCACAAUAAAAAGAAAAUCAAGUUGAAUAUCAAUAUAUAUCAAGAACUUUUGGAUCUUUGAAAUCUUUUGGAGUCCAUGAAGAAAGAAAAUCAAGAAAUCUCUUGUGAUAAACAAGGUGAAGGUCAACAUCAAUAUCAAGAUUCUAUCAAGAACUUUGAAUCAUUGUCAAUGGUGGAUGAUGAUGGAGAAAAAAUAGGCAAUUAUCAUGACUCCGCGAAGAAAGAAAAUCAAGAAAUCUAUCAUGAUAAACGCGGUGGAUGUCAAUAUCAAGAUUCUGUAAAGAACUUUGGCUCAUUGUCAAUGGUGAAUGAAUCGGAGAAAUUAGGGUUAAAGAGGCAUUGGAGAGAAGUUGAAGGUAGGGUUUAUGUGCCAGAGAGUUGGGGACAUGAGGGUUCAUUGAGGGAAUGGAUGGAUUGUUCUUCUUUUGAUACAAUCCUAGCUCCAAAAGGAAUAGAAUUAGCUCGUAAAGCCUUGAUGUCUCAAGGUAAACGAGCACGUUCAGGUUCAGGUUCAACUUCAACUUCAACUUCAAGAAUGCUCGAAAUCAGAAGUAGAUAAUCAUGGCAGAUCAUACUUACGAAAGGAAAAAAGAUGUCUCAAGGAAAAUGAACGCGUUCAAGUUCAACUUCAAGAAUACUCGAAAUCAGAAGUAGAUAGUAGUGACUCAUGAUGUGUAGGAUGAGUAUGUUGCUAUUGAGUAAGUAAGGUUUAUAAAUUAGGAUAUUUCAAAAAUAAAUGCUUAUUUAUGAGCUUUGAGAUAUUAGGUUUGUAAAUUUUUUGUUUGUUGGAGUUUUAUGGUUAAUUUUGGAGAAUUUGUAUCAAUCAAUGUCUUAUUUUCCAAUAAAACAAACCAGAAUUUAGUUAUUAUCAA